AUGGCGGAGUCUCAAAAAUCGGGCAAGAGCGAUCGCCCACCGACUCCUCAACUGGACGUGCCGCACGACGAACGGGCGUCAUCCCGCCAUGCGUCCCCCGUUCGGUUGUCAACUGAGCUGACACUGAAAGUGCAGUCCCAGUGGAACCGCAUCACCGCUCUCAAGCGGAUCUCAGAGACGAUCCCGGCGACGCCGGAAGAGACGUCUCUCGACGAACUCAAUCAGCUCCUCUCUCACAUCGAGGAGAUUCAUAAGGCGUUCACAAAGGAGCACGCGUAUUUUGAAGUAUCGUGGCCUUCAGCAUUAGUGAACCACGACUACUUCACAAAAGGUGCGCAGCUUGAAGAAACCAUGCUGCAUCUGGCUGCCAAACGCACCAUCAGCCGGCUUCGGAACGCGCUCACCGUCACGCCAGCUCAACCGACCACCGCAUCGACGUCUAGUGCAACUCAUGACUCACACUUGCCCGACAUCUCACUCCCCAAGUUCUCAGGCGUGUACUCAGACUGGCCGGAGUACAGAGACUUGUUUGGGAGCAUGAUUAUAAACAACGAACGCCUCACCCCCGUAGAGAAGCUGCAUUACCUCCGUGUGUCUCUGGAGGGAGCACCGGCGAAGCAUAUUAGCGGAUAUCCCAUGGCCGCUGAUUCGUUUCACCCAUCAUGGGAGGCGCUCAAGGACAAGUACGAGAACAAACGACUGCUCAUCACGUCCUAUUUAGACAGGAUCUUUGACGGCUCGGGUCCAAUUCAAAGGAAGGCAGAACAGCUCACCACGCUCAUCGACACAGUGCAGGAAUCGCUCACUUCUAUCAACUCCUUGGGACUACCCGUUGACCUAGGAGACGCCAUUUUGGUGCAUCACGUAAUCAAGAAGCUCGACCGGGUCACGCGCGAACAGUGGGAGACUAAGAUCGGCGCAGAGCGGUCAUAUCCACGGUUCGAACAGCUCGUGACCUUCCUGACGGCUCGGGCAUGUGCCCUUGAGAAUAUUGAGGCGGUAUCGUCAUCGUACAACUCAAACUCCUCAUCCACAGCGAGGAAACCCAGAGUCACUGCGCAUCAGACGUCUCAAAACAAGGUGGCAGCCGACAAUGUUUCCACGGUGUACCCGUGUGACUGUUGCCAGGGUCAACAUUAUGUGGUCACCUGUAUCAAGUUCAGAGAGCUUGCACCAGCAGAUCGGCAGAAGAUCGCCGUUGACAAGCGCCUAUGCUUCAAUUGCUUAGGACGCCACAACGUGCGAUCUUGCAAGAGCACAACAGGGUGCAAGAAGUGCUUGCAGCGACACCAUACGAUGCUGCACGAGGUUAACACCUCAACGUCUGCUCAACCGGCAGCCAGCUCACCAACUCAGCCUUCAAAAUGA